AUGCGCACUAUAGCGUCUCUGUUUUUCUUCAGUCUUCUGUUAGGAGCUACGUUUGCAAAAGCUGACGAUGCCACAUCGAUAAUCGAGUCAAUUUUGAACGUGGAUCGAGCUCUGGAAGAGGAAAUUAAAAGCGACAUAGCAGAGGCCAAGGACAAAAAAGCUCAGCUGAAGAACCAAAUCUCAGACUACGUGAGGAACUCCGCCCAACAACUCAAGGAUGCACUGAGCGACAAGGUUGACAAACUUCGCGAAAUUGAUGAGCAGUUUCGACAAGCUUGGCAGAAAGUUCUUGACAAAUAUAAAGACAUUCAGUGGAGACUCAAUGACUCCAGUAAUGCUUCCAAAGAGCGUCGAAGAGAAAAGCUCGAGAGCAUGAGAGCCACUCUGAACGAAAUGAAAGCAAUUAUCACUCAACAAAAGGAAGAACGCGAUCAGAAACGACAAGAGCGCCGUGAUGAAUAUGAAAAUCGGGUUAAUCAGAUCAAAAACGACCUCAAGGUAAGUAGAGAUACAUGCACUAGUAUAGCGCAGAUGGGAAGGACGUGUCCACGCCGGUGGCUAUGA